UUAGAGCCGUUUGUAACUAUGCUUAUUUCAAUACUAAUUUAAGUAUUGAAAAUUUUCGUAUUGAAAAUUGAUUGCGCGCGCAGUUUCAAUAUAAGAAAUUAGAACCUGUUCUAAUUUUUCGUAUUGAAAGCGUUUACUUUUUCGAUUUGACAGCUUAAAAAAUCUAACCUAAAAAAAGUGAGAAUUAUAAAUUCUAAUUUUGGUAAAGUGCAAAAGCAAUUAUUCGACAUUAAAGUGAAAAUAAUGUGGUCACAUCAGCAAGUGUCUCUUUUAAUAGGAAUGUACAGAGACAAUAAAUGUUUGUAUGCACCAAAACAUUCGCUAUAUAUGAACAGAAAUGCUAGAAACGAAGCACUGGAUCGAAUACGAGUAGAACUAUUAAAAUUAGGACUAAACGUAUCCGUUUUGGAAAUAAAAAAUAAAUGGAACAAUUUAAGAAACAAUUUCCUUGCGCAAUAUAGAAAAUACAACAAGGCCAACAAAAGUGGAGCAGGUGAUGAAGAACAGGAGCUUGACCGACCCACGCUGUGGUAUUUUGACCAAAUGUAUUUUAAAAUCGAGCAUUGUCUUCCGCGAGAAGCUGAAGACAGUCUUCUUCAAAUAAAAGGAUUGAAAGAAAAUAUUGAUCCAAAUCUUCAAGAGAUGCAAGGGGGGCAAGAAUAUGAAGUAGAAUCAGAAUUAUCACAUAUAGAAUAUUAUAUGUUAAGUGAAGAGGAUGAAGAAGCCAGAGAAUUGAGCAAAAAAGAUGAUGAUGUUCAAAGCAUACACACGAUAAAAGAACCUGAAGUACGACCUGAAUCAUCUUGUACAUCUGUUGAAACCCUUACGAGAACCCCAGCAAGAAGAAAGGGAAAAUUGGCCAAAAAUGAAGACACAGAGUUUAUGAAGACGGCAAGCCAAGCACUAACCCACUUAACAAAUACACUAACACGAGAGCAGUCAGCAACAUUAUCUACAGUGCAUCAGGAACCUCCAAACUCUGUUAGUACUUUUGUGGACUACGUUAGAGACCAAUUGAAUUUUUUGAUGUCUGAUGAGAAUUUACUUUUGGAAACUCAAGAAAAAAUUCUAACAAUUAUUUGGGCAGCACGUAGAAAGGUAACAGCAAAAAGCAAAUAAAUCAGAAUAUUUUUAUUUUCCAUUUCCUUGUACAAAAUAAUAUGUAAUAUAAUGUGAUAAUAUGUAAUAAAUAGCUGUAUUAAUUUGUUGCUUUUAUUCUUAUAUAUUAUGCUUACGAACUGCAUCAUUUUGCCACGGAAUAGUCCCACGAUCACAGUUAAAAUAUGCUUUAAAUUCAUCCCUUAUUUUGAUCGCUUUAGCAUUUGUUCUAUUACCUGCUUGUUUAUUUAAAUUAUUUAAACACAUUAUUUUGGAUUUAUCAUCGAUUUCAGUAUAUGCUUUCCAAUUUUCUGAAGCCAAGAAGUUAUGGAGUGCUAAACAAGCCAAAGUUAUUGUUUCUACUUUUUUCGGAUUUAAAUUUAUUGGAUUCAGUAAAACUCUAAAUCUAUUAGCUAGAAUGCCAAAAGAACUUUCGAUCAUUCGACGUGCUCUUGAGAGUCGAUAGUUAAAUAUUUUCUGUGUAUGUGUUAAUCCCCUCAUGGGAUAAGGUUUAAGAAUUCUCUCACUCAUUGGAAAUGCGUCGUCUGCUACUAUUACAAAUGGAACUUUCAUAAUACGACCACGUAGAGACUGAUUUGGAGGUAUAUUCAAAGAAUUAUUCACUAAGGCCCUACUUAAAUUACUUUCACGAAACACUCCACCAUCACUUAUACGCCCAUUCACACCUACAUUAUAAUAAGUAAAUUUGUAAGCUGAAUCACACAUGGCUAAUAGAACGAUGGAGUGACUGCCUUUAUAAUUAUAAUAAUAUGACCCAUCAGAUAUUGGUGGUCUAAAUGUAAUGUGCUUCCCAUCUAAUGCACCAAUGCAGUUUGGAAAAUUCCACAAUUCCUGAAAGCCUUCAGCAACUCUUAGCCAUUCAAUACAGG